AUGCCAGUCCCAUCGGACCUCUCACCCUCGCUCCAGGUGUUAAGCCCCUUCCCCUCACCGUCACCCACGCCACCCCAUCACCCACGCCACCCUCACCAUCACCCAUGCCACCCUCACCACCACCCACGCCACACCAUCACCCACGCCACUCUCACCAUCACCCACGCCACCCAUGCCACCCUCACCACCACCCACGCCACACCAUCACCCACACCCACUCUCACCAUCACCCACGCCACCCAUGCCACCCUCACCACCACCCAUGCCACCCACACCAUCACCCACGCCACACCAUCACCCACGCCACCACCAUCACCCAUGCCACCCUCACCACCACCCACGCCACACCAUCACCCACGCCACACCAUCACCCACGCCACUCUCACCAUCACCCAUGCCACCCUCACCACCACCCAUGCCACACCAUCACCCACGCCACACCAUCACCCACGCCACUCUCACCAUCACCCAUGCCACCCUCACCACCACCCAUGCCACCCCAUCACCCACGCCACACCAUCACCCACCAUCACCCAUCACCCACCAUCACCACCACCCAUGCUCACCAUCACCCAUGCCCACUUUACCUUCACCAUCACCCAUGCCACCUUCACCACACCACCCACACCACGCCCUCACCCAUCACCCAUGCCACCCUCACCACCACCCAUUGCCAGGUGCCUGCCGCGCACCUUGGUCUGGCAUCACAUGUUCAUAGUUUCCUACAUUCUCAGUGCAGGAGUGUUUCUGUAG